AUGGUCGCGGAGACUGUUACGAUUCGUAACCUCACUUCGACGCCAAUUACGCUGAAGCGGAUUGAGAGGUUUCCUCCUCCACAAAAAGAGCAUGGCGGUUUUGAAACUCUGGCUAAGAAUUUCACUCGAGCGUUGACGAGCGUCGCCACAAAUGUCACCACAGUCGAACCUGUUGCGGUACUUCCGAAUGAUGCGCGCCCAUUCGCCGAGGAGGAUGUUGACAUCCAUGUCAAGCCCUUUGGGACAGCGAAAACCGAUCACAGGGCCUUUACUGAAUCAGACAAGGAGCGCCUGCGCUUGACGCUCGAAGUAGAUGGGGAGAGGCACCAAAUCCAGGUCCCUGUGCCGGCCACCGAGUCAGCGACAAUGAAGGCUUUGGUCGACAACCCGCGCUUCCAGUUCACGGGCAUCUACAUACUAAACCAGUCUCACCUGGCAGUAUACUCGUCAGCAGAACUGCACAAAUGGAUGCAGCCGCUCAGAAAUGAAGUCCUUCUUUCCUCUCUUUCCAUUCCUGGAACUCACAACUCACCUGCUUGCCAUGUGGCUCCGCCAUCAGUCCGUUGCCAGGCCGUCAAUCCACGCAAACAACUCGAGAAUGGUGUCCGAUUUUUUGAUAUUCGUGUUCAGCCACAGUGGCCAGAUGACCCAGGCAGAGACGAACUACUCCUCGUCCACGGUGUUUUCCCAAUCGCUCUCGCAGGCGUCAAAUACUUCCGGGAUCUGAUGAAUGACAUGAACGCAUUCCUUGACAGCCAUCCCUCAGAGACCCUGAUAAUCUCUCUGAAGAGAGAAGGACCCGGUGAACACACGGAUGAACAGCUGAGUCGAAUUCUACGUGACCACUACAUUCAACCAGACAGUCGUUGGUACACAGAGCCCAAAGUUCCCACGUUGGGGGAGGUGAGGGGGAAAUUCGUUCUGGUGCGCCGCUUCAAUAUCGAAGAACGCCUGGAACAUGAGCAUGAUGGACGUGGCUGGGGCAUCGACGGAAAUGGUUGGGCGGAUAAUACUCCCCAUUCCGUUUGUCCCAGCGGACAGCUCUGCAUUCAAGACUUCUACGAAGUAAUGGAAACAGAGAACAUUGACAAGAAGAUUCAGUACGUGACCGAGCAGAUCGCUCGAGCCGGUGAAAAGAGGUAUCCCUUUGGUGUCCUCUCGCCUGAGGCUAGCAGGGAUCACCCGUUUUAUGUCAACUUUUUGAGCGGGAGCAACUUUUGGAAGAUCGGUACGUGGCCCGAGAAGGUUGCUGCUAAGCUCAACCCAGCCACCGUGGACUAUCUAUGCCGGAGACAUUGUGAGAAAGACGGUGACUGGUCUACCGGUAUCCUCGUUGCUGACUGGGUCGGGUUGGACGGCGACUGGGACCUGGUGCGGUGUGUCGUUGGCAUGAAUGCCAAACUUCUGUUGCGACAGUAG